AUGUUCCCCAUAACUUGCAACGCGAUCGGCGACAUCAUCGCAGUCGUACAGCUCAUUCGUGAUGUUGUCGUGGCGCUCGACGAUGCACGCGGCGCUGCUGAAGAAUACAAGCAGUUCACUCGCGUUCUUUCUGCCCUUGGUACCGUCAUGGGCGAAGUCUAUGAUCUUGCUACCGCCUCGCGCAACGAGGCCUUGAAACAAGCUGUGCUCGAGGAGAUCCAACUAUGUUGUAUCGAUAUCAACAAUGCGUACAAGAGUAUCACCGGCUAUGAGAAGCUCGAGAAGAUGGCUGACUACUCCACUCGCAACGCUACGCACGGCCUCUUCAAGAAGCUUCAAUGGCACCUUCUGCGGGCUUCCGAUGCGGUCAAGUAUGCGCAACGUUUCGGCGAAAGCCAUCAGAGGCUCAACUCGUUCAUCUCCCUACUCGGACAUCAAUCAACGUUUGAUCUCCUGGACGAGCAGGGCUCUCACAUACUAGCAUCGCAUAGUCAUCAUAUACAACUCGCGCUAGAUCAGAGCCGUGUAAUCCGCGACUCCGCCGAGGAGAUCAAGGCCGCUGCACUCUUGGCUCUUCGAGAGUCCGCGAUCCAAUCGCGCCAACAAAUCGUCGCUGAUACGCUCUCCCGGCCGUACUUCGCCUCGCCUUACGAUCGCCGAGUCGCGUCGCGCGUCCAACGCGUCGCCGACACGAUCUUCGACUCCCUCGCUCCUGACACUCCACGAGAUCAACGGGACCGAUUCUUAUCUCUGCUUGCGCCAUUUAUCGUUGCGGGCGCUGCAUUCAUGGUCCACAACAACGUCAGCUUAGAAUGGCAGGCUACGGGCUUUUGGACGACUAUCUGUGCGCUCGUCGCGCAGGUCCUUUGGCUCCAGUCGUCCACACCUGUGCACCCUGGAUUCGGUCUCGAGAACGGUGUGCUCCUGACCGGCUUACUAGGAGAGGAGAUUACCGUACCGAGCCACUUCUGCUCUUCGUACGAGUACUUCCACGAAUUCUUGUGUCUAUUCUACUCGAAGAUAUCAGGAGCAGUCGACUUCGUGCCUUGCAAGUGUUACGAACUGUCCCAGGCCGGAACAUCGUGGCUCAUCUCAGCGCAUAACUGGGCGGUCCGUGUGCAACCCGGUAGUCGCAUGGAGAUGGGCUUGUUGCGCAUAGGGUUCCUAAAAGACAAUACUGUAUUCUGUCCUUACUGUGACUGCUCUCUCGGUACUCACCCAAAGUCGAGUGAGCUAAUCUGUGCCAGCUGCUCCAGGAGUUUUCGACAAACCCCAGAAGACGUCAAGUCCGUCGCAUGGGGUGGCGUGAGCGUAGCAGCCACUAUUUUGGCAAGACGCCAUGGCAUAGAUUGGUACUCAGCUCUCUGCCAAAUGGAUCCGCCAAUGACUGCCUUGACGACAUCGGCCCAGUAUAUGCCUUAUGUCGAUAUCGAUGCGGCGGUGACGUUCGCGCGCAGAUGUCACCGCGUUCACGCCAUCAACUUGCGAUACGUAUAUGUGUGUUUCCGUAUUUCCGUGUAUAUUAUGACCUCGGAGCCGACCACCAGAGCCCAGGAUUACACACCAGAGCAGCUGCGAUCGGCGUCGCAGCGAGUCGUCAAUGCCCUGAUCUCCAACCAGGGCACAUUAUCGAGGCCAGCCCUCGUUUAUGAACUAUUCCGGUCGCGCAUCCAGUUCCUCAGUGGCCGGAACCCUGACUUGACUGUUUACAAAUGCAAUCUGCGUGUGGGAAUGUCUGUGCACAAGGCGGUGCUCGCAGAGCUCGAGCGAAUCACAACGAUCGGUGACGAUCAUGGGAGUACUCCGUUCUACCAACCGAUGACAGUCGUGCAGCAACUACUCGCACAGAUGGUUAUGGCACUAGGUGAAUACGUCGAGCACCCGUCAGAAGAGUGCCCGUGUAAGUGGGAUGAUAUGACAAAGGGCUACUAG